GGAGCCCUGGCUGUCACCGACAUGCCUAUGCCCUCUUUGAUGACUUGAGCAAUGCACGGCGGGCACUGUCAAGGUUCUAGACUUGCAUAUCAGUCGAUCUUUGCCAAAAUGCACCCGACCAUAGUGUACUCGUUCGGUGCCGAUACAAACCAGAUUGCCUAGACACUACUCUGUUGGGAAAGAGGGCCUUAACUGCUCUCGGUACGAAUACCUCGUUCAGCAUCCUUCCAGAAGGCGCACAGUCCACCAUCGCAAGACGCCAACCAUUGUGACGGUUUCAGAUUAUGGACAUCCACACUUGCUGACCUUAUCUCUUCCCGUCACAUGUGCGGCUGGUACAAAAGGAUAGACAAGUCUUGGGAACUGCCAAAUCAAGAAACAUUCCAGAAGGACUCGCUAGAGGAUGGAUCCCUCGACGCGCCUUCAAUCUCCAGAGGCCCUGUCUUCACAUCGAACUGCGACCCCCUAUCAUCUGCGACUUCCUCAAACAUCAGUCCCGUUGAAGGAUCUCAAGGUCACUCCCACAAAUGUCACGGGCCCCAGUAGAUUCCCUUUCUGGCAUCCUUCUAGAAGUCCCAUCAUGUUCUCCACGAGCGGAUCGACGCCUUCUCCACUGAGCGGUUUUCCAUCCGGUACGACCCCGAAUGGACGCCUUGUACAGAUCCCUAGCAACAUCGAACAUCAAUCCUAAAGAGAACCCCAUAUUUUUUCAUUGAUAUUCUGACGCGAAACACCGCGUCACACACGGGAAUCCCUUUAAUGGCUCACUGGCCCAGUCGAUGAUGGAUCACUGACUCCUUUGAUCUACGAUCUUCAACUUCUGCGGGCUUGACCGGCGAGUUUCAACCCUUUUUACUCUUUGUCUCGAGUCAUUUAACAAGUUCUGAUCCAACCGCACAUGACCUUGCUCUUUCUCCCAAACAGGACAGAAAGAAAUGGCUCGACACCCAAUUGUUUGAUUCACUUUUCUGGCGGCUAGUCCCCCUUCAACGACUAGCCCAGAAGAUCGACGAUUGAGGUGCGGGGCGGUCACUUUCCACUGGUUGCCCUCGGAGAUCUCUUCCUGGGACGCGGAACUCAGCUUGCUUCACGGGCCCUACCAAAAUCUAACUUCCCCUCUCCUUCCGGCACCGACUCCGAAUCUAAUCCGGGAUAAAGGCUCAAUGCCGCUCGCGGAAAUUCAUCGGUGCUGGAGUAUGGAUCGCUCCGUGGUUGCUACAACGGCGCCGAAAACCCCUCAAAUGAUCUUCACUGUCAAAAAAGACCAAAAAACUCGACGGUGAGCGGUUUUACUUCUGGCACCGACAACAAAACGGGCAGAAGCACUCUCCAGUGACAACACCCAUAGACCGGGGGAAUCCUGACAACGGACAAUUCACGGUAUGAGGUCACUCUUCAAAUAUUACGAGUCAUGCAGCAGCCAAACGCCAAAGAAAAGGAAUGUCUCAAAUUCCUCGAAAUGGUUAGCAUUCAGAUGCUGGCUGCAGACUCUGAAUCUCAAGUCACGGGAGUUCGAAGCACAGAGUUGUCUGGCCUGGACUGUUUGUGUGACACCAAUCUACCAUAUCGACCAUGACAGAUCACAGACCUGCAAGGGAACAUGUUCUGGCCCUUGGAGGGGCCUGCCCAAUGCAGUAGGUGCUGGGUGUCUGACAUGGCAUAAUUGAUUAUAUCUGUCCUUACUCAGCCUGCACCCCCACCAACCUUGGGGCACAUUCGCUGCACACUCAGCACGCGCAAGGUUUGGCUCUGUGCCAUGACAUAGUGUCCAAUGGCUACAUACGCUCGCGUACUCGCUACUCAGGCUAAUAUCCAUUCUUUGCUGCUUUAUCAUGCAGAACAGUCGAGACCUACAGAAACCGCGGGAACACAGCCUGCCAAGUAGGACGGGCACCCUCUCUGCUGUUGUCGGACUAAGUCUCUCGCUUAUGGGACUGAGUAUUCAGCCUCAAUCCAACAACCUAAAAGCGGGUGAAGCCUGCUCAUUGCUAACGCACUAUGGGUCCUCCAGCAUGAUGGGGAACUAUUAAACCACACCGCAACAAUUCUCAACACACACCAACAUGCACACGACGAGUGGUGACAACCGCUCCGGGACGCGCACCAGUGUGUAACUUAUAGAGGCCGCUCUAACCCUACCUAGGCCAGGUUGUCCGUCGCACUCUUACGGGCAUCAGUCGGUGCAUGCUCGAAUGCGGGCAUCUUUUGCAACCAACUGCUGGUGUCACUGUAGGGGCUUUCAAUCUGUCGUCUCCCCAAAGACAAUGAGCGACAUGGUCCCCCAACUACUAAUCUGGUCUGCGGCGACGCAAGCAUUCGCUGUCGGAUCUAGUUGUUCAUGGCCACGAAGUGCCAAAGAGCGUCUGCGUGAUCUCUCAGGAGACGGUGAGGCGACCGGGAACGACCCUAGCCAAACACUUGAUGAGAGGCCGUCUACUCUGUAUAUGUCUGGCGCAUCACGACCCACUCGGGUGCAUCGUGUUGACGCCAUAGCCAGCCUCUGGUAGCUCAUUUUGAAGCCCGUCACUCCAGCCUAUCAAGACCUUGCUCAACGAAGAAAUCGAUACCUCGAGUUGGAGACAACCACCGUCUUCGGACAGUUGACAUGGUGAAGAUUUGUGCGUCCGGUACUGACGGCGAGCGCAAACACACACAGCAGUCGCGUAGCUGGUAUGGUCUUCGUAGGCUCUCUAUGCUGGGAACGUCGCGGUACACAAUCUGCAAAGCACAAUGUAAGAACACGAGUAGACGAAGGCACGCGCGCAAAGGCUCGGUUGCAAUCUUGAAGGGCACGUCGUUGUUUUCCGAAA